AUGGCUCCCCUCGAUGGAAAUGUUGGCGCCUCCACGCGCUCUCUUCACGCCGAUGAUUCUUUGAAUCUGGUCACCGAUGUGGCCCCUCCCCUCCACCUUUCCACUACAUUUCGCUACCCCGACAAUCCCGACGAUCUUGUGCCGGCCAAGGAUCUCAGCGGGUAUGAUCAAGACAAGACGAAGCACAUCUACUCCCGAGCCACCGCGCCGAACUACACGCGGUUCGAAAUGAUCCUCUCGUCCUUGCUGAAUGGUGAUGUGAUCAGUUACUCGUCGGGGCUGUCUGCGUUGCAUGCAGCUCUGACUCUGCUAAACCCCCGUCGGAUCUCGAUCGGCAAUGGCUAUCAUGGAUGCCACGGAGUGAUUGCGCUGUUCAGCCGGAUAACCGGACUUCAGAAGUUGGAUUUGGACUGUCCGGCGGAGGCAUUGCAGGCCGGGGAUGUCAUUCUUCUCGAGACGCCCGUCAACCCCCAAGGCACGGCGUUCAACAUCGAAGAGUACGCGAAGAAGGCCCAUUCCCGCGGCGCCCACCUUAUCGUGGACAGCACCUUUGCCCCGCCGGGUCUCCAGGAUCCUUUCCUGUGGGGCGCCGACCUUGUGAUGCAUUCGGGGACGAAGUACUUUGGCGGACAUAGUGACAUGCUAUGCGGUGUCCUGGCCACGAAGCGCCAGGACUGGGCGCGGCAGCUGUCCGCAGACCGGGUGUUCCUGGGCAGCGUGCUAGGCAACAUGGAAGGCUGGCUCGGUGUGCGCAGCCUUCGAACCCUCGAUAUUCGCGUGCAGCGGCAGAGCCAGAACGCCACGAAUCUCGUCACCUGGCUCGACACGGCCUUACGGACCCCGAACCCCGCGGCGGGCAGCGACGAAGCCGCAACGCAAAACGCCCUACAGGGUGUCUUCCACGCCAGCCUCCAGAAAGACGACUUCCCAUGGCUCCUCAAACAAAUGCCUAACGGCUUCGGCCCAGUCUUCUCAAUCAUGACCAAGCAAGAGGACAUCGCGCGCAAGCUCCCCAGCAAGCUAGCUUUCUUCCAACACGCCACAAGUCUAGGCGGCGUCGAGACCCUGAUCGAGUGGCGCACCAUGUCGGAUGCGACGGUGGAUACGCGGCUGCUGCGCAUCAGCAUCGGGUUGGAGAACUGGGAGGAUCUGCGGGCGGACUUGGUGCAGGCUUUCCGGGCGUUGGCCUAG